UGCACAAGGUUAUUCGGAGAUCACUUCAUUGACAAGAAAAAAGAAGACCACAGUAGCACUACUCCACAAGCAGGUUUUUGUAAAAAGAGCCUUGAAAGAAUUGCAUAAACAUUAUCAAGGCACAUUUAAAGGCCAAGAUAAGAAAAUAAAUUAAGUAAAAGAACUUGUUUCCUCGACAGCUUGUACUUAAUUAGUUCUUUACGUUAAUAAAGAAAAGUUUAACUGUAAGAGAUAUUCCUAACCUGCGAGCAGAGACGAUUAAAAGCAGAUUCUGUAAUAUAAUGGUUGAAUAGUUUUGCCACGACUAUAGAUACAAAUAGCACGUGCGUAACCAAAGCUUUUGCUUUGUUAGAUAAACCGAGCAUCUAAGUAUCAUGUGUGUGUAUAUAUAUAUACAUCGAUCUGUUUACCCGAUUGAAUAAGGACGAGGAAACAAAACUUCAGGAAAUGGAAGCCAAUGGCAUAUUUGAAAGUGCAAUGAAUGGCAGGUGGGAUCAAGUUGUCGAGGCAUACAAGAAGAAUCCCAGUCUUGAGGAUGGCAGGAUAACAAGAUCCCGAAACACUGCAGUGCACAUAGCAGUAUCUGAUGGCCGAACGGAGGUGGUGUCCAAACUAGUGGAAAUAUUUGGAGACAACGCAUCAAGAGUCCUACAUAUAAAGAAUGAAAAAGGCAACACACCUCUCCACCUGGCGGCAAAACUUGGGGAUGCAAAAAUGUGUUAUUGCCUAGCCACGAGAGAUCGAAGCCUCAUUAGAACUCGAAACUCUGAGGGCGAAACCCCACUUUUUCUGUCAGCUCUUCAUGGCAAGAAAAAUGCUUUUCUUUGCCUUCAUUUUCUUUACAGAGAAGCACAUAAAGAAAAUGACUAUUCCUUGUGCAGAAAAAGUAAUGGGGACACCAUACUCCACUCUGCCAUAUCAGGAGAAUAUUUCACCAGUAAGCCUAAUGCAUUCAGAAGUGGCUGUCACCUGCCGCCAUUCAGUCGCCUUAUCUAUUGCUGUUUAAUUGUACAUGAGAUUCAGCAGGAAACACAUAAUCCUGAAGUAUGGUUAAGCAAUUCAGGAAAUGAAACAGGGCCAAAGUAUCCACAAAAUUAUCAAACUUGCAUGAGCUUCUUUAGUGCUAUCAAGAGGUUCUUCCAAAUAUUAACUAGAACAGAGGAAGAGAGUAUUUGUCAUCAAGUGAGACAAUUUCUGCUUCGAGUAAAGGGUGAAAAUGACAAGUUGAAGGAUGAAGAGAAUGCACAGGAAAUAAGUGGCUUGUCUUAUGAUAGGAACCUACAAGAGAAAGAGGAAAAAAGACGUUUUUAUCCUCCAAAUUAUGAAACUUCUAUUCAACUCUUCAAGUUUAUGGCGAAUGCCUUGCUUGUUAUUCUUGGAUUUGGCAGUUCAAGGAUAAAGAAUGUAAGAGCAAAGAAAGAACGACACAUAUGGGCUACUCAAUUAUUGAACGAACUGGUACAAAGAGCUUCUUCGUAUACAUAUGAAAAUGAUGGAAGAAAUCCAAGGAAUUCUUGGCCUAAAAGGGACGGAGAUCCAUCUGAAUUUCUCGCUGCCCCACAUAUAUCAGAGGUUGACAAGUUAACUCAGAGCAAAGAACAUAUCGGGUUAAGUUGCCCGACUACAAACCAAGAAAUUAGGAGAGAAAAUCAUGGCAGAGCCGCGAAACUUGGAGUGGCUGAAGUGGUGAACGAAUCCCUUGACGCAUAUCCAACUGCAGUCCAAGAGCUGAAUACAUCUCAGAAAAAUCUCGUGCUCCUGGCAUUUGAGAAGAAGGAAACUCAAAAGUUUAGGAAAAAGGAGACACCGAUACUGGUAGCAGCCAAGGUGGGAAUAACUGAAAUUGUGGAUAAAAUCUUGGAUACGUAUCCUUUAGCUAUCCAAGACCUGGACUCUGACGAGAAGAACGCUGUGCUUCUGGCAGUAGAGCAUCGGCAAACUGAUGUCUAUAAUCUAUUGCUGAAGAGGGCAAUGGUUAAAGAGAGUGUGUUCCGACAACUGGAUAAACACGGAAACAGUGCAUUGCAUCUUGCUGCAAAACUUGGAGAUUACAGGCCGAAGCUUGUUCCAGGGGCUGCCCUGCAGAUGCAAUGGGAAAUCAAGUGGUACAAGUUUGUCAAAAAUUCCAUGCCGCCACAUUUUUUUGUUAAACACAACAGCAAGGGUCAGACCCCGAAAGAAAUCUUCAUCGUGACGCACAAAGAACUUGUAGCGAAGGGCAGCGAAUGGCUCACAAAAACCUCCGAGUCAUGCUCAGUGGUGGCGGCACUCGUUGCGACCGUUGCAUUUGCGACUUCAGCAACUAUACCAGGAGGUGUUAACCCAGAAAACGGUGCACCAAUUCUUGAAAAUGAGCCUGCGUUUGAAGUGUUUGCCAUUGCAUCCCUCGUUGCUCUCUGCUUUUCAGUGACCGCAGUGAUCUUUUUUCUUACAAUUCUUACCUCUCGGUACCAAGAAAAUGACUUUGCAAUGGACUUGCCGAGGAAACUUUUUCUGGGUUUAACGUCACUCUUCACAUCUAUAGCUUCUAUUUUGCUCUCAUUCUGUGCAGGGCAUUUCUUCGUUCUCAAGGAGAGCUUAAGAACUGCAGCUUAUCCAUUAUAUGCUGCAACAUGCUUGCCAAUAUCCUUUUUUGCUCUUUCACAACUCCCUCUCUACUUUGACCUUGGAAGGGCUAUCCUCCUGGACGAACCUCAGCGUAGCUACAAGCACAAAGUUUCUUAAUUUCAGCCAUUCUAUGCAUCAUCAACACGUUUCUUAGGCGUUUGGACUGUGCACUGUGCAAUAAAUUUUCUAUCUACUUUUCUUCGUGGAAUGCUACA